CAACGCGUGCCCUGGACCUUGUGUGCGCCGACGACAACACGUCCACCACCAACCCCGGCGCGAAGCAAACCUGCCCGGACUCUAGCCCAACCGCAGAAAUGCUUGACGUUGAAGAUUUUGACGCUGUCUAUCGUGGCCUCAACUACAAUGAGGGCCUCGUACAAGAGAUUCAGUCAUAUCGAACUGCCCUUGGCGGGCGCACAUACUUCGAGCGGUUGCUAGUCCUCCUCCAGAUCAAAGGAAGCAAGCUGUACCCGCCCAAAUCCCCGCAACAACUCCAGGAUCUCCAUCAACGCAUCGUCUCCGCCGAGACAACACUACAUAACAAACAUUGCCUCGUCUUCUAUUUGCUCAAAGACUUGUCGCCGCAACAUCAUGACACAACAGAACUUUCUGAAGCAUUCGCUAAGGAAGUGCAUCUCGAAAAACGGUUCUGGACGUUUGUUGAAGGGCUGUGGUUUCUCGAUCACCUCCAGUUCUCAACCGCGGUUGGGCACUUGACGCAUCCGAGCAUAAUACCGACAUUUCCAGACGAGAUUAUGCACACUCUGUUAACUGGGGGAGAUAAGUUGAGCAGUCUGGGUAUGGGAGGUGGUCCCAAAGACGACGUACUGGCACUUGCAUAUUACAACUGUGUCAAGCCACCGCUGGAGGAUGAAAAGACACGAGUCGAAUUUGCAAAGUAUCUUGCUGGUCGUAAUGUCACCGAUAUGUACGAUUGGAUCCACAACAGACCCGAAUUCGAGCAGAAGCCACUUCUCGAGAUCCUUAUCGAGGAGACGCUGGACCACAAUGCGUGGGCAGAUCGUUCAGAACAUGAUGUGUACACACGAGACGCCAAGGCCUACGAGCUGGUCAGUCUGCCUUUUAGUGAGGAAGAAGAGGAGUUCAUUGAGAGAUUUCUCACUGAGGGCAGGGGGCGGACAUUUCCGAACGCCCAAGAUUUAGUGAUGAUGCGCAGAAUCUCUACAGGCAAGCUGGCAGAUGUCGCUUCUGAUGUAGCUACUCGUGGACGGAGAUUGGAUGGUGUGAAUUGGGACCUAUUGAAAGAUGGUGUAAAGAGAGGUUUGGGGCCAAGGAAAGACGAAAAAGACUUCAUUGUCUGAUAUGGUCAACCUCCUGGGACAUCUCAAACAGGCCACUUGCAUAGCGACCGGCGUUUAGGUAUUUGCUCUUCGAAAUAGAGCUAAAUCUAUCUUUGGUCAUGCGUAUGCCUCGAUCCGACUCUCCAUGGACGAGCAUGGCAGCUUCACGACACCUAUGUCUCUCCUUCGUUUUUGUGGGUUGAACUCCAUUCCUCGCCUUUGUGUGCCCAAGUGCCCAGGAGUGAAUAUCGUGUCUUCGGCAAGAGUGUGAGCAAUACACACGAAAGGUGAACAACUCUUCAGCCCUGUUUUGCAAGCCAUGACGGCUCCAAAAAAAACUAGUGAUAGCGUGUGUUGUCUAGUUGUAUACUUGGAACGAGGUAGUUGGGAAGCUCAGUCUCGCUUCAGCAAAGUUACUGGCGUGAACAAUAUGAUUUUGGACACAUCCGAUCUAAUUCUCAAAACUAGGAAAGGAGCAGACUUGUAUUUUUUUAUUGUGAG